UAUUACAGAAACUGGUACCCAGUGAAAACCUUAUAAAAAUAAAACGCAUUAAAAACUCUCAUGAAACUGCAAACAAAACCUUCCAUCUUAAAACAGCGAAGUAGAAGAAGAAGAGGCGUUAUUUUUUUGCAACUUUGACCCCCAAACAAAACAAAAAUCACUCAUUUAACCUCUAACUUCUUCUCCAAUCACAAUUUCAACCCAAUCUCGGAUAUGAAGCUCCCGGCGACGACCGGCCGAUUCUUCACAAUCGGACUCGUGGCGUCAUGGUACUCCUCAAACAUCGGAGUCCUACUCCUCAACAAGUACUUACUAAGCAACUACGGAUUCAAAUACCCAAUCUUCCUCACCAUGUGCCACAUGACCGCCUGCUCCCUCCUCAGCUACGUCGCGAUCGCGUGGAUGAAGAUGGUCCCUAUGCAGACGGUCCGAUCCCGCGUCCAGUUCCUCAAGAUCGCGGCGCUGAGCCUCGUUUUCUGCGUGUCGGUGGUUUUCGGGAACAUUUCGCUCCGGUUUUUGCCGGUUUCGUUUAACCAGGCGGUUGGUGCUACGACGCCGUUUUUUACGGCGGUUUUUGCGUAUUUGAUUACGGUUAAGAGGGAGGCUUGGUUGACUUAUGUCACGCUUGUUCCGGUUGUUACUGGUGUUGUUAUUGCCAGUGGGGGUGAGCCAAGUUUCCAUCUGUUUGGAUUCAUUAUGUGCAUUGCAGCCACAGCUGCGAGAGCGCUUAAAUCAGUUCUUCAAGGAAUCUUACUAUCUUCAGAAGGGGAGAAGCUAAACUCGAUGAAUCUCCUACUUUACAUGGCUCCCAUAGCUGUUGUGUUCCUUCUUCCUGCUACUCUUAUCAUGGAGAAGAACGUUGUUGGGAUCACAAUUGCACUUGCUAGAGACGAUUUUAGAAUCGUUUGGUAUUUGCUAUUCAAUUCUGCCCUCGCUUAUUUCGUGAACUUGACCAAUUUCUUAGUCACUAAACACACAAGCGCUCUGACUCUGCAGGUGCUGGGAAACGCCAAAGGUGCAGUAGCAGUGGUGGUUUCAAUCCUAAUAUUUAAGAACCCUGUCUCAGUAACUGGAAUGUUGGGUUACUCGCUCACUGUUUGUGGAGUUAUCCUUUACAGCGAAGCUAAGAAACGGAGCAAAUGAGGAAAAAAAAGUCAUUUAUUUAUUUGUCAAGUCUUCAGGUAAACAAACACGAAGAAAGUUUCUUUUGCUGUGAACAAAGAACCUUACACAGCAUCUUGGGACCAAGCAUCCAAAGAUCAAGAGUUCCAAAAGCAAUCAUUUAAAGGACUUAACAAAUAAGUGAUUUUUUUUUUCCUUUUGUCUUUUUGUUUUGUUUACCGGCUUCUUCAGCUUUUGUCGUAGGUUGUUCUAAGAGUAAUUUAGCUUUCUUUUUAUGUCAAUUCUUUACAUCUUCCUUUUUGAUAUCAACAUUUAUAACACACAUUAAUUAAUGGAAAAUACCAAGGC